UUUCAAACAGUAAUUUAUGUACAUCAGAUCAGCGUGAUCAGAAAGAGCUUUUAAAGAAGACGCCAUUGAUAUAAGUACGAAUUUUCUGUGAUAAAUAUAAAAGAAAAUGUAUGAAUCUUUAAAACUGAAAUGAAAAUGCACCAAUUCCUGGCCAAUUUCUUAAUACUAAAUCAAUAGUGUUUAAGAUUUUUGGUGUGACCUUUUAGUUUAGUCCAAGUUAAUAACGUUAAUGAAUUUCUUAAUAUUUAUCCUAUUUUCAGAAGGUUGGUAUCAUUGGAAAGCUUGCUAAACACACAAACUGAUAAUAAUAUGAUGAUGAUGAUGAUAAUUUUAAUUAAUUACAAAGUUUAAAAAAAACAGCACUCCAUCCAUCCAUCCAUGUUCUGAACCGCUUAUCCUCACUAGGGUUGCUAGUGUGCUGGCAGCUAUCCCAGCUGACUCUAGGCAAGAGGCCGGGUACACCCUGAACUGGUCUUCCGCCAAUCUCAGGUCACAUGUAAACAAGUGACCAUUUGCACUCACAUUCACACCUCCGGGCAAUUUGGAGUCUUCAAUUAACCUACCAUGAAUGUUUUUGGAAUGCGAGAGGAAAGCGGAGUACCCGGAGAGAACAUGCAAACUCCACACUGCUGGUUCACAUCGAACUCAUAAUAAGCAGGUGGAUUAACCAGAGCAACCAUGCCUCCCAGGCCAUCCUCGGGAGAACUAUGGGGGAUGCACUUGAUGCCACCCAGCAUCAAAGUGGACUGCCUCCUGCCGAAUGGCAUGAUCCUCACAUUGGAGUGCCUUCGUGAGGCCACGUUGAUCACAGUGAAGCACGAACUUUUCAAAGAAGCCCGGAAAUACCCUCUUUAUCAUCUGCUGCAAGAGGAGAGCUCCUACAUCUUUGUCAGUGUCACCCAAGAGGCAGAACGAGAGGAGUUUUAUGAUGAAACCAGAAGGUUAUGUGACCUCAGACUCUUCCAGGCCUUCCUCAAAGUCAUUGAGCCUGUAGGAAACAGAGAAGAGAAGAUUCUCAAUCGAGAAAUAGGUUUCGCUAUUGGGAUGCCCAUAUGCGAGUUCGAUUUGGUUAAAGAUACGGAAGUGCAGGACUUCAGAAGGAACAUUUUGAAUGUUUGCAAAGAGGCAGUGGACCUUAGAGACUGUAACGGACCCCACAGUAGAGCCUUGUAUGUCUACCCCCCCAAUGUGGAAUCCUCAGCAGAAUUGCCCAGGCACAUCUAUAACAAACUAGAUAAAGGUCAAAUAAUUGUGGUAAUAUGGGUUAUUGUGUCACCCAGCAAUGACAAGCAGAAGUACACUUUGAAGAUCAACCACGACUGCGUGCCAGAGCAGGUUAUCGCUGAGGCCAUCCGCAAGAAGACACGCAGUAUGCUCCUCUCCCAGGAGCAGUUAAAGAUGUGUGUGCAGGAGUAUCAAGGGAAGUACAUCCUCAAAGUCUGUGGUUGUGACGAGUACUUACUGGAGAAAUACCCUCUGAGUCAGUACAAGUAUGUGCGGAGCUGCAUCAUGUUGGGACGAAUGCCUAACUUGAUGCUGAUGGCAAAAGAUAGUCUAUAUACCCAACUGCCAAUGGACAAUUUCACCAUGCCGUCAUACGCGAGACGAAUAUCCACAGCAACACCUUACAUGAAUGGGGAAACAUCCACAAAGUCUCUAUGGACUAUCAACGGAGCGCUAAGGAUCAGGGUGCUCUGUGCCACUUAUGUCAAUGUCAAUAUCAGAGACAUAGACAAGAUCUACGUCAGGACGGGGAUAUACCACGGUGGAGAGCAGUUGUGUGACAAUGUCAACACCCAGCGCGUGCCUUGUUCAAAUCCCAGGUGGAAUGAGUGGCUCAACUAUGACAUGUACAUUCCAGACAUCCCACGUGCUGCCCGCCUCUGCCUAUCCAUCUGUUCGGUUAAAGGGAGGAAGGGAGCAAAAGAGGAGCACUGUCCUCUAGCCUGGGGCAACAUCAACCUGUUUGACUACACUCAUACACUAGUAGCAGGGAAGAUGGCGCUCAACCUCUGGCCCGUUCCACACGGCCUGGAAGAUCUCCUCAACCCCAUCGGUGUCUCGGGCUCAAACCCCAACAAGGAAACCCCUUGUCUGGAGUUGGAGUUUGACCAUUUUAGCUCUCCAGUCAAGUUCCCUGAUAUGACCGUUAUUGAGGAUCAUGCAAACUGGAAUAUUUCCAGAGAGCUUGGCUUUAAUUACUGCCCUACUGGUUUGAGUAACAGAGUGGCCCGAGACAACCCCUUUACAGACAGCGACAAUGAGCAGCUUCGCCAAGUGUGUAACCGGGACCCGUUGUCUGAGAUCACUGAGCAGGAGAAAGACUUUCUCUGGAGGCACAGACAUUAUUGUGUCAACAUGCCCGACAUCCUUCCCAAGAUCCUGCUUGCUGUGAAAUGGAACUCCAGAGAUGAAGUUGCACAGAUGUAUUGCCUUCUGAAGGAUUGGCCUGCUAUCAAGCCAGAACAAGCCAUGGAGUUGCUGGAUUGCAACUUUCCUGAUCCCAUGAUUAGAGAUUUUGCUGUAAAGUGCCUUGAGAAAUAUUUAACUGAUGACAAACUGUCACAGUACCUCAUUCAACUGGUUCAGGUUCUAAAGUAUGAACAGUACCUUGAUAAUCCACUUGGCCGUUUCCUGCUGAAAAAGGCAUUAACCAAUCAGAGGAUAGGACAUUUCUUCUUCUGGCAUUUAAAAUCAGAAAUGCACAACAAGACGGUAAGCCAGAGGUUUGGACUCCUGCUGGAGUCGUACUGCCGGGCCUGUGGCAUGUAUCUGAAACACCUGAGCCGGCAGGUGGAGGCCAUGGAGAAACUCAUCAAUCUCACUGACCUCCUCAAACAGGAGAAAAAGGAUGAAGCACAGAAGGUUCAAAUGAAAUUUCUGGUUGAGCAGAUGAGGAGGCCAGACUAUAUGGAUGCACUGCAGAGCUUCACUUCCCCUCUGAAUCCAGCACAUCAGCUGGGAAACCUCCGUCUGGAAGAAUGUCGGAUGAUGUCAUCUGCCAAGCGACCUCUGUGGCUUAAUUGGGAAAAUCCAGAUAUGAUGUCAGAGCUCCUGUUUCAGAACAACGAAAUCAUCUUCAAAAACGGAGAUGAUCUGAGGCAAGACAUGCUGACGCUGCAGAUCAUUAGGAUAAUGGAGAACAUCUGGCAGAACCAAGGCCUUGAUCUCAGGAUGCUCCCCUACGGUUGUCUGUCCAUCGGUGACUGCGUUGGUUUAAUUGAGGUGGUGAGGAAUUCUCACACCAUCAUGCAGAUCCAGUGUAAAGGAGGCCUAAAGGGGGCGCUGCAGUUCAACAGCCACACGCUGCAUCAGUGGCUCAAGGAUAAGAACAAGGGCGAGAUGUAUGACCAAGCCGUAGAUUUGUUCACGCGGUCAUGCGCAGGCUAUUGUGUCGCCACAUUUAUCCUGGGCAUAGGGGAUAGACACAAUAGCAACAUCAUGGUUAAAGAUGAUGGACAGCUGUUCCACAUAGAUUUUGGCCAUUUCCUUGACCACAAAAAGAAGAAGUUUGGAUACAAGAGAGAGCGUGUGCCCUUUGUUCUGACACAAGACUUCUUGAUCGUCAUUAGCAAAGGAACUCAAGAGUGUACCAAGACAAGAGAAUUUGAAAGGUUCCAGGAGAUGUGCUACAAGGCGUACCUGGCCAUCCGGCAGCACGCCAACCUCUUCAUCAACCUCUUCUCCAUGAUGCUGGGCUCGGGGAUGCCAGAGUUGCAGUCGUUUGAUGACAUCGCUUACAUCCGAAAGACCUUGGCCCUGGACAAGACUGAGCAGGAGGCUCUCGACUAUUUCAUGAAGCAGAUGAACGACGCUCACCAUGGCGGCUGGACUACUAAAAUGGACUGGAUCUUCCACACCAUCCGCCAGCACGCCAUGAACUGAAACAGCAUCCACAGUAGUCGAGUUAACAGAAACGUAGCGAUGCGCACCGAGAACCAAAAACACGGUAGCAGCAAUGAAUUACCACACUAAGACCUGGUCCGUCUUUUCGCCAGCAUGUGACUCUGAACCAUGACCUGCCAGCGCAGUAUGAACACAGGGCUACUAAGAAGAGCCUGUAUCAGGGACACCAAAUGUUUUCACGCCCAUGUGAAUUUCUUUUGUGGCUGCACUAUAUGAACUUGAGAAGGCACGGUGGAGUUGUAUUUCAUCAGUUCCCUCCACAGGAACUAAAACAGUUGAAUGGACCUUGGGCACAUUCGGCAGUCUUCAUAAGAACUAACUAGAGACACUUUAUCCCCCCACCCCCUCCCUUUUUUUUUAUUAUUAUUUUUUUUAAUAUCCACCAACAGACAUCAGCAUUACAAGGAACAUCACUAUGAAGUUGUACAUUGUGAGCACAGAGGGAUUUUUUGUUUUUUUAAUCCCGGACAACUGACGAACAGUCAUAGUAAAUUUUUUCCACUACUUUAUUGAAAAUUAUGAAAGAUAGAUAAAAGUGAGGACAAUAUUGGUUCAUGUGGAAGAAAGAAAAGGGCACAGAGAAGCUGAUCCAGAUUAGUCAUGACAAUCCUGAAAAAGGAACUAGCAAUACUCAAGUACGUAUGGAAAGCCGUUUGAGCAUUUUAUUCCAAAGCCUUGAUUUCCAGCUCCAUGAACUAGUAUGCUGUUUGUCCUCAGUAGUAAAACAAAUCAGCACACUAGUAGAGCGUGUGCGCCCAUAGAAUCAAUAUUUUUUUUCUCCAGUACUUCCUCACACUAUUUUAUGACACUUGUGCACACUAAUAGGACAACUUUGUCAUACUGGUAGGAUAACUACAUUUUACUAGUGACGCAAAACUGUUGGCGGGCAUAUCAAGCUGGAUAUCAAGGUUAUUAAAUAAAUCCAAUAUAAAAUAUAUUCGAUAUCCUUUAUCUAUCUUAGGGUCCAUGUACUAGUACACUCUUUGUCAUCACUAGUAAGACAAUUCAUGCACUACUAGAACGACUGCAUCUUACUAAUAAUGUCACUAUGAAUGUCACUAAUAAUAGUAGUGUGUAGUUGUCAACUAGUUUACAGUUUUCCCUCAGUAGUAACAUAUAGUUUUCUUGUAUGACAAAGUAGUUCUAGUGAGGCACAUGUUGUGCACUAGUAGCCUCCUGGACCCUACUAGUUGUACCAAAAUGCCUACUAGUGGUUUUGCCUCUCUAGUAACAUGUAGUUGUCCUACUAGUGUUAAAAAAAUAAAAUAAAAAACUCUUUAUGGAAAGGCAUUUGAGCAUUUAUUUGAUAUCCUUCAUAGCCACCUUAAGGUCCAUGCACUAAUAUUCUCUUUGUCCUCACUAGUAGGACAAUUUUACCAUAUUAGUAGAACGACUGUUUCUUACUAGUAAAUUUUUUUUCACUGCUGCCUUCUACAACUGUAACAGUGUUUCUGCACACGAGUAGGACAGCUACAUGAGGCAAAACUACUAGUGGGCAUUUUGGUUCAUUCGAUUCGAUGCCCUGUCAAUGAAAUGACCUGGAUGAAUGAGAAUAUCCACAGGCAUAGUAAGACAAGUUGUUCUACUAGUGCGUUGAAUUGUAUGACUACUGAGGACAAAUAGCGUACUAGUUCAUGGACUUUAAGCUGGAUAUCAAGGAUAUCGGAUAAAUUCUCAAACGGCUUUCCAUAAGUUUUCCAUAAAACUGACUUAAAUAAUAGCAUUUAUUACCUGGACUUACCUUGUUUUGCUGAAUUAGCAUACGGAUAUGCCAGCAGUUUAGAAAUUAUUGCGCACUAGUUGACUUUUGAUGUUUUUUUUCUGUACAGCAGUAUAUCCAUCGCCGUGUACAGUGCACAGAUUCAUUUUUGAGUCAAUUUCUACUGAGCCAAACUACUAGAUGUGUAAACCCCUCUAAUCCGCAGUCUUAUUGGAAAAAAAACGCAAAAAAAGUUCCCUCGUCUAUACCUGUUCUCAUCGCACUGAUUUCUGCAGUAUGUGUGUUUUUUUUUUGGGGGGGGGGCGGGGGGGUUGUCUCGUGUUGUCUUAUCAGUAUUAUUGGGUUGCAGUCAAAUUGCGCAGAUUUGAACUAACCUCUCUAAACACAUGGUCACUUGGGUGUAAAUUGGUCUCACUUGGAAUAAGCAAGGGGAGGUAGAAAAAAGUGUUUUUUGUCUUUUGUUUUAUGCUGUUACACUAUGCAAAUUGUGAUCUUAAGUACUGUAUUCUGCAAAAAUAACACAAAAAACAGUUAAGUCAAGAAAAAAGAAAGCAAUGCCCCAAACUGAGAAGUGUUGUAAACUUUAAACAGAUUAUACACAUGGAAGAAAAUAAUGCACAAUGCUGCACUGUAAUGGAUCAUUGACUUUAUUUCCAAAAGCCUAAUAAGGAGAUGAACUGUUUCCCUGCCUUUUUAACCUUACUUGAAAUCAGUCAGUUAUGCUCAUCUGCUUGUUGGCGCUUAUUACACUUUGACAUUUUUUUUAAUCUUUUUAACUUUCCAAGUGUCCUCCUCCUUCCGAUGAUUGUCACCCUUGUGUGUGGAACUAUGACGCGCCGCACAGACUCAAGACAUAACAGGUACCUAGCUUUACCAAAUGAUGCAUUCACACACAUACAUGUACACGCGCAGAUUGGUUUCCUGGAAUUCCCCCCCCCCCCCCCCCCCCCCUCUUUUUUAGAUAAAGAAAACCAGUCCUGGUUAAUUGCUUGGGCCGGACCCAUUCAAACUGAGACCCCAUUUAUAUGUAGUUUUUGGAGAAACAAUACUGCUUCUCUUUUGCUUUGUACUUGUUUGUCAAACUGCAUAACGUACGAGGUCCUCAAAUAACUUUUUUUUUUUUCUUUUUUUUUUUUGACCUGAUGCUGUUUACUUGAAUUUCAUGUAUAGAAAUGACCUUGUUACUGGUGAGGUACAGCAAAGUCACAAUGAAGGUAACAGAACUGCUAC